AUGCACAAAGGUUCUAAAGGUAGCGAGCAAGACGACGAGGGGUUGGGGAGGAAACACUCCGCGCAAAGCUCGUCCGCGCAAAAGCUUCCCUCCUCCGGCGCCGUCGCAAACCCGCAGCUGUUCGGCCAUGACGACCCAGCACAACCGUCCGACACGUCGAAUUCCAGUCGCAAGAGGAAGAGAGGGCAGAAUGGACGGGAUGCAUCCCCCAGCGCAAAUGACUUGUCCGCCGACCUCGACUUCUUCGGCGGCGGUGCAAGCAGAGAAGACGUGAACGGAAGCACACUAUCCAAGAAGCAGCGGAAGAAGCAGAAGCAGCAAGAAAAGAAAGAGGAAGAGAAUAGGCUUCAAAAAGACACAGAGGAAAUAGAAGAGGAACCAUACGAUGUGGACGAGUGCAAGCGGAUACUGCGCUCACACAAACUCAAGGUUUCGGUCCUGGAAGACUUUGCGCCGCAAGUAGAAGAGCCAGUCAAAGAAAAGAAGUCAAAGAAACGGAAGAAGGAAAAAGAGGUCAAAGAGAAGAAGAAGGAUGCGAAGACGUCACUCUACCCGCAACCCCUCACCUCGUUUGCGCAAUUACGAACGCGAUACGGUAUAUCGAGACGACUGGCGGAGAAUAUAGCAGAGCAGGGAUACAAGCUACCUACCGAGGUGCAACUUGGAGCUUUGCCGUUGCUGCUGAGCAAGAAGGGUCGCAAGGAGUCGAACGGGGCUACACAAGAUGUCGAGGGCUUGUCUGGGGCUCAGUAUAAUGGGGACAUUGAUCUUUUGACUGUGGCGCCGACGGGUAGUGGGAAGACGAUAGCGUUUCUGAUACCGAUCAUCGAUUCUCUGCUUGCUGAGGGCAAGACUGCGGAUACGAAAGAGGGUCCUCGCGCCAUUAUUCUUGCUCCUACGAGAGAACUCGCUGCGCAGAUUGUUAAUGAAGCGAGAAAGUUGGCGAAGGGUACGGCGGUCAAGGCUACACUUAUGAGGAAGGGUAUGCGAGUCGUGGAGGAGCCAGAAGUAGAGACGCGAGACGAUGGAGAGAAAGCUGAAGUGUCAGAGGACGACGAAGAAGAGUCUCAGUCUGACGACGAGGAGAUGGCUACACCAAAGAAGAAGCAAGCUAGUCGACGAGCAGAGCUUGUGAAGGCGGCCAUCUUGGUUGCGACACCACUCGCUCUGCUGAACGCAUUGAAGCGCAAGGAUGGUACUGUCACGGGUAUCCCCAGUGUAUCCCAGCUUGUCCUCGACGAAGCAGACGUCCUCCUUGAUCCUCUCUUCCGCGAACAAACUCUCGCGAUAUGGAACGCUUGCACGAAUCUGAAGCUACGAAUCGGUCUCUGGUCCGCAACAAUGGGCUCUAAUAUCGACAGUUUAACAACCUCUACAUUGAAUGACCGCUGGAACGCCCUUUCGACUUCAUCGACCUCCCAAUCGUCCGAUCAACCCGCAACCGCUUCAUCCACCACCCUUCCCGCACGGCCCCCCCUAAUCCGCCUCGUCGUCGGCCUAAAAGACUCCGCCAUACCAAACAUAUCCCACCAACUAACCUAUGCCGCCACCGAACAAGGCAAGCUCCUCGGGCUCCGCCAACUCCUCCACCCAACCUCCGUCUUCACCUCUACCUCCACGCCCACCCUCCGCCCGCCAUUCCUUGUCUUCACACAAACCAUCCCGCGCGCCAUCGCUCUCCAUUCUGAACUCCUGUACGACAUUCCGCCUGAAGCAGGCGGUAGUAGCCGAAUCGCGGUACUACAUGCGGAUCUAAGUUCGUCUGCGCGGGAUAGCAUUAUGACGAGGUUUAGAAAGGGCGAGAUAUGGGUUCUUAUCACAACGGAUUUGUUAUCCCGCGGCGUGGAUUUCCGCGGCUUAAACGGCGUGGUGAACUACGACGUCCCUUCUUCCGCCGCCGGCUACGUCCACCGCGUCGGUCGAACCGGGCGUGCCGGCCGCGAGGGAGGCGUCGCAGUGACGUUUUAUACGCAAGACGAUAUUCCGUAUGUUAAGUUGAUUGCGAACGUGAUUCGCGCAAGUGAGAAGUUGAGGGGGGUUGGUGAGGGCGAGGGAUGUGUGAAACAGUGGUUGUUGGAUGCGUUGCCUACGCCUAGUAAGCGUGAUCGACAGCAACUUAAGAGGAGGGGUGUGGAAGCCAGACGUGCUGGUGGUGGUGCAAAGACGAAAGAUGGAAAGGGGGCGAAGGUGGAUCGGAUUAGUAGUAAGAGUGGUUAUGAUCGGAAGAUUGAGAAUAAGAGGAAAGGGGCGAGGGAGGCGGCGAAGAGGAGGGAGAUGGGGGAGAAGAACGGGGAUGGAGGGAGUGGGGAUGAGAGUGGGUUUGAGGGGUUUGAUUAA